GCGGUUUAGAACCGGAAGUGGCGCCAUCAUUUUGAACGUUCAGUCAGCGUGUUAGCAGAUCUGUUAGCUCUUUUGUCUGUCAGAGCUAUACAGAGGAUAAAGGAAAAUGAGUCUUUUGAACAAGCCAAAGUCGGAGAUGACUCCUGAGGAGCUGCAGAAACGUGAGGAGGAGGAGUUUAACACCGGGCCGCUGUCUGUCCUCACGCAGUCUGUCAAGAACAACACACAGGUGCUUAUCAACUGCCGCAACAACAAGAAGCUGCUGGGUCGAGUCAAAGCCUUUGACAGACACUGUAACAUGGUCCUGGAGAAUGUAAAAGAGAUGUGGACUGAGGUGCCCAAGAGUGGGAAGGGGAAGAAGAAGUCCAAACCAGUGAAUAAAGACCGUUACAUCUCCAAGAUGUUUCUGAGAGGAGACUCUGUCAUCGUGGUACUGAGGAAUCCACUGAUCACUGGCAAAUAACGUGAACAUUCAUUCUGACACACACACACGCGUGGCUUGCUCUCAGUGAGAGACUCUGGGUGUAACAUUAGUACUGAUUGUCACUUUGACUGGUUUGUGUUCUGAAUAAAUGUUUUGUAUUUACAA